CAAACUAGUGAAUGUUAGUACAAGCCACUCCUAAGGCAAAAAUUAGCCUCUGUGGCAGGAAUGGCCUUACUAUUCUGAAACGCGUCUCUGUUCGAAGGCUGGAUUAACGCAGGCAAUAGAGGAUACCGCAAACUGUAUUAACGCGACUUCGAGGAACGAUGAUGCCACCGUCCUCCGCUGCUGCCGGAGGCAAAACGCCAGCCAGGGACUCAGAGAACUCCCUGGCAGAAUGGAAGACAACUCUCUGUUCGAGAUGACAACGUCUCGUCGGCGGCCCUUUCCUUUUAAGGAGGAGGGUAGUAAAAAGUAACCAUACGGGGUUUUUCCUUUACAGUCUGUUUAGUCGGGUUUAGUGUGCAGUCAAUUCCUGUCCUGCAAACGUCUCCCGGACCUGCGAAACGACGGAACCGGAAACAGUGACUCAUAGAAGCCAAGUGACACGUAACAUAUUUGAAUUUGCGUAAGUUCGUGCGGACAGUGUAAAUUGUAUCGAGUAUUUGUGUUUAUGUUUUAACAGAAACACCGCAAUGAUACUGCCAAACGCAACUGGCGGUAUACACGCUGCCCUAGCUGAAAUGAUCCACUUUCUUUGGUGUCGAAAAGUUGAUGUACUCGCAUAAGUUGUCUCGUUGCAAGCUAAAGCCACAGCUCAGUCGAUGGUUAGCUAUCAGCGACUCAAGGAGCAGGAAAGGAAGUUUGUCGACAUACAAAAGAGGACUGAGUAAUCGAUUAAAGCGCAGGAAAUCUGGAUUGGCCAUUUACGCUCUUUUCCGGGACACUGCGAUCAUUAAUAGAGCGAUUAGUGGGCUCGUAAGUAAACCUGUGUGUUUCGUUAUUUAUUCGGCUCAGCUACGUUAUUACUGCUAUCGAUAGCAUUACAGAACAGCCACGAGCGAACACUUUGGCAACGCGUAAUAAAAUGGUUAUUAGGCUAUAAUAAGAUCGUCGUCAAUUUGUAACACUGAUGUUGUGGUGUCUCAGAUACGAUUACUCGACCCGAAUUCAUUACAAAAUGUGAAGCUCCCACUGCAGCGAUAAAUUACUGCCGCCCGGCCGGGAUAACGUGCUUUGCUUAGGAUAGAGCGUGUUUAAAAUUCAGUGCGAGUGAAGUAGGAUAGCGUAGGCGAGAGUGACCCCCACCCAACGCACAGUGUGAUACCCAGUACGGGUCCCUGGUGGAUCCAGCGUUUACUUCUAUUUUCGUCGAGAGCUCGAAACGGCUCACAACUAGGGCAUCAGCUAUCAGGAAAUUGAAACUGGCAUGUAGAGUGACACCCAAUUGGAUACGGUUUGUACACCAGGCGUGUGCAUGUGCAGGUUUUAAGCAGUGCAAGCCGAAAGAAGCAUCCUCAAAACAUUCUUUCCAAACAAAAAGUGUUAACUUCUUAACUUGUCGAGAGGUGGUAAACGUGAGUAGGGAAAGUUUUCAUGAGUGAAACUCGGGAUUAGUAACGAUCAGGUCAGGGGUGACCACCGGAUCUGUAAUAGCAAGCGACAAUAUUCACCAUGUUUUUGGAGAAAAUUUACGUCAUUGCCGUGCUGUUGCUUCCCACGCUUGCCGUAGGGCAGAUGAGUCAGGAGCAUUUAAGUCGAUGGAACGGGCUUCGUAGAGCAACAGAGCAAACCCGUGAACAAAAAAGGACAAGCGUUAAUGGGGUCGCCUCGGCGGAAACGACUAGUUUUAGUCGACCAGUGGGAGGACCUGGAACAAAUUUGGGAAUACUUUCCAACGGCCUGCAUUUACUCACACCGACGAUAGAUCGCAGCUUGACCCCAACCAACGUCACCAAACAACUUGGCGCCACCGUCUAUCUUCAUUGCUUUGUGCGGAACAUUGGCCAGAAGACGGUUACAUGGCUACGUCGGGCCGACUAUCAUAUCCUCACCGUUGGCAUGGUCACGUACACGACUGACGAGCGGUUUUCUGCGGUUCGUGGUGAGAGCCCUCACUCGCAUGCCUUCAUAACAGCGUUAUCCAGCGAUAGAGGCAGUGCCAAUGGUGUCGCCGAUUUGAAUUCGCGAAUGAUGCCCCCAGCUGAAGAUUGGAUGCUGCAGAUUCGCAGCCUGCAAAAAGCAGACGCGGGUAUUUAUGAGUGUCAAGUCAACACACAGCAUCCUAUGCUCAGCGCUCAUGUCUUGCUCAGUGUUCUGUCUCCGCGGGCAUCGAUUGCAGAAGGCACCGAGCUAUCCAUAAUGAGCGGAAGUGAACUGGUCAUCACCUGCGUGAUUCAUGAUUGUCCACAAUCGCCCCUACACGUCUUCUGGUAUCACGGAGAUCGUGUUGUCAACUACGACAAUCGCUAUUCAAAAGUCAACAUCACUAACUUGCCACCUGUACAACAGAAACAAAUGCCCCAACAGCAUAGUUGGAACAAUGCUAUUGACAGCGGCCGGCCUGUGUCGCGACUAACCAUCCAUAAUGCUAAUAAACAGCAUUCAGGAAGUUACGUCUGCGCGCCGAUCGACUCUACGCCGGCGACGGUGCAUGUGCAUGUUUUUCAUGCCGAGGAGCAAAUGUCCCGACAGUCAUUUUCGCAGUCGUCCGAUAUUUCAUCAUCGCAUCCGCUUCGGACGCUGUACAGCCUCGGGCCAUUGUUGGCUCUUCAGAUGGCCUUCCUGAUCUUGAUCGCCAUCAGGGCUACGUGACAUCACCUGAACUUUAGCGGUCGCGAAUGCUACUACAGGGAACGCUCAACUGACGAGGCUGAAUCAUCUAUGUGCACAAAGCCAGCGCAAAAUUGUUUGGAUCCAAUUAACUUAACCCUGGCACCGGUGUGUGUUGAUAUGGACGACCCAGCGACGGGGUUGCCCCUCGAAGAGAUCGAGGGGCGGCACAACACGCAAACGGCGACAGAGUUGAUGACGACCCUUGAAGUUAACAGAGAUUUCUACUUUCCCAGUAGAAAUACCCUAUCGCUUAGAGAACUGGUUCCGCCUGAAGUUGUUGACGUGAAAUUGCAUGUGGAUCGGGACCUGCCAGACUCGCUGUGGAAUCCAUCCACGUAGAGGUAUUAAAGGCUUGGUAGGCAAUGAUGGUGCCCGGAGCUAUCGGCACUUCACACAUGCACAAGCAACAUUGACUUAAUCAUAAGUGGUCAUUUCCUCUGAAUGGUAUAUAGUAAGAAAAUAGUAACAUCAUGCCCUGUUCGAUAGCCCGCACAAUAAGCGAAUGGGGGAUCAAUGUUUUGCCCACCGUAAAGAAAGCUCAACGCCGGCAACAAAAACCAACAAAUAGAGAAACAAACCACAGUCACUAUUUGUAGAGUUUCCAACUUUCGCGUGCCCUCUUACAAAGAAAUGAAUUUAAAAAUAUAUCACUAGAACGAUUUAAGAUAAGCCGGAAAACCAAUAAUCGAAAAAUAUUAGUGUGAAAAAUGUGUACGUAAGUAUUUAGGAGCAUUGCAGUAUGUGUAUAAAAAUUUAUGAAUGAAUACGUCGUAUAUAGUAUUGUUCAAUUCAGGAUAUUUAGUUUACAAGAAUGCGGUUCAAAGAGUACCUUGAAUAGUUGCCUUUAUUAGAACAUAGGUAGCGUAUUAUUAUUAAGUUUCUAAGCGAGUGUAAGAUGAGCCAAAAAAAAUGUGUGGGGGUAAGUUUUCACCAAAGAGUAUUAGGUUAUUAGGCGAAUUUCACCGCAUAUAAUUUCGUUAGUGGCUUUAUAUGUUCUUCAAGUAAUUAGAAAAACAGUAUAACGUUUUUUUUAAUUUAUUUUUUUGAAGUUUUUCAAUUUAUUAUAUUUUAUAGAAUUAUUUUUACGUUGUGAGGUGCCAGUGACGAUGUACGAGUGCGACUUCGUUGAAUGUCUGAUUUUACGCCGUCUAUAUGCAAACGUCGCUCUUCCUUUUACUGUGGCCGCGUUAUAUUUCAUUCGAUGAACGCAGAACGCCCUUUAAGGUGAUUAUCAUUUUAAAAAAUUAGUGACUCUGUAGCCUAUGCGUAUGGUAAACAACGUGUGGCUGUACAUCUGCGACGUGUCUGUCCAUGACUGGUACGCGUUGAAUCCCAUGCUUUACAAUUUAAUGGAUAAUAUGAGAAUGUCUCUUCUGGUAACCAAAUAUGGCCCCUAGAGAAACGAAAUUAUUUUGUAGAGUAAGGUAAUUAUUUCAUAUAGAUAUUUAAUGACCGUUUCAACAAUUAAAAGUGACAAUGUAGCUUUUACGGCCCUUAGAUAGGGCUCUUACGGGGUAAUCUUUACCAAUUAGUAAACGCUUUAGUAGGAUAAGCACCACAGAUCUCGGGAUCAAAUUGUGGAACAUAAAAUUUCUUGAUAUAGAAAUUUUCCUAUGCUGUAACAAAACGUAUAUCUAUUUGACUAUAGCCAGUUUGAUGAUAAUAAAAUGUCAAUAUUAAAAAUAAACAAAAUUAUCAGAUCGAAACACUGAUAUAUGGGCUGAUCUUGGGCACACGAAUAUACGACUUCGCUAUAUAUUAUUAGACAUGUGAAUUAUGGUUGACAAAUAAAUCAUAGGGGAUAAGCUGCGAUAAUAACCGUAAAAUUGUUCUAUUUUGAGAUCAACAUCAUCUUCGCAACACGCUAUAUACGUAAACUCGGCCCAAUAGCCUCCAAGGUUUAAUUGCUCUUCUGUGUGUGCAGCCAUAAAAACGAUUUAUAUUUCGAUCUACAAAUAACAUUUACUAUAUGUGUAUAUAAAUACAGGGUAUCCCAAAAAUAUACACUGUAAUUUAAUUUGAGGGCACAGUGAAUGCCAGUGCCUGGAACGUAUUGCAAGAACCUAUUUCACUGCGCCAUUGAAGGGACUCUGGUGAAAAUGGUAAAUUUUCUUUUCAACAGCACGGAGCAAUUGUACACUGUGAGAACCUUCUGGACAGAUGGUUCGGAUAAAGCGGUCCCAUAGAAUGCCCCGUACGUUUUUCAGACGCGAAGCCAGUAAAUUUUUUCUUGUAAGGAUACCUUAACGCUGAAGUGCACGCCAGAACACCGGGGGCACUGAAAGAUUUGAAAGUUUAUUGAAACUUGUCACUCGAGAGCCUACCGUAAUCAGCAAUUAAAAAGCAACAGGCCGGCGAAAAUCUUUAACAUCUGCAGUAAGAAGAUAAAUUACAAAUUUUAUAUAGACAGUUUAAAUAUUAAUUACAUGUAAAUAAAAGCUGAAGGUAUAAGAAUUCAAACUGUCUAUACAUUAUAUAAUGGGACACCCUGUAUAUAAAAGAGAAAGGAAUGUAUACAAUAGAACUGACUGGCAUUUCGGACAAAAUAUAAUUAUAUGUACACAGUAAGCUGAAUUAUUUUUGCGAUAGGUCAUGGUAAGGCAUAGCGUGUGUACGUGGUCAUGGGAAGAAGCGUAUGUAAUAUAAUAUGAAAAAAAUGUAGAUGACGAUAAUGGUGAGCCAAUACAGCGGAAUACAUUUUGUAUCCAAACGAUGACUGACAAUGAAGCGAUACGUUUUCUCUCUCCCCCCUCUCUCUCUCUCUCUCUCUCUCGCUCCCCUCUCUCUCUCACACACACACACAAAAGUGUUGAUGAAAUGACUUGCUGUAAAUAAAUUAGCAGUGAUUAUGCUACCAAUGAUAGUACUAUGUUUUAACUAUUUUCUGGUUAAUGCCGAUGCUAUUUUUUCCGUUUGUGCAACAAGUUCGUUCCCCACACUAAAUACGUUUCGCAGCUGGAUCGGAUUGCUUACCUUGAAAAAAUGGUUAGAAACGGCACCCCUAAAUAUUUACGAUCAUUAAUUACACCGAAUGAAGCGAUUGUGAGCUAAAUACGUACGUGGAAGGAGAUCUUGAAAUGUGGAUAUCUUGAAAAUGGAACGGUUACUGCACAAAAAUUCGUUAUAAAAUGCACUAAAUCAAAUGUUUCGGUUGGAAGCAUUAGUUCUAUUGGUGUAGAUGACAAACUGCAUAGGUUAAAUGUACCAAAACUGUACAUUAAGACGAACGGGAUAACUAAAAGCAGGCACGGAUAAUUACGUUGUUAUUCAUACGGAAUCCCGAUUUACCAAGCAAUCGCUACCGUAAUAUCUAGAGCGACUGUAGCAUAGGCCUUAGGCAUUAAACUUCUACGACGCUUCAGAAGAAUAGGUAAA